CGCGCUCCGGGCACACCUCGGCAUCCGCCCCCGCCUCCCGCCCGCUCCCCUCGGGCCGCAGGAAGUCGCGAGCGCCCCAGGGGCCGCCCAAGCAGUGCGCUCGGGACCGCGCGCGGCGCAGGGCCGCCGGCAGCGAUGAAGCCGUCUUGGCUGCAGUGUCGCAAAGUCACCGGCGCCGGGGGACUCGGGGGGUCCCUGCCCGCGUCCUCUCCCGCGCGGGGAGCCGGCGCCGCCCGCAGGACGUACGGGGCCGCCGGCCCGCGCGGCGCUCUGGGGGGCCGGGGCUACCGGGCGCUGUCCUCCGGCGGCGGCGAGUACAAGACCCAGUUCACGGCCUCGGUGGCCGACCCCGAGAGGUUCUGGGGCAAAGCUGCGGAGCAGAUCAGCUGGUACAAGCCCUGGACCAAAACGCUGGAGAACAGACAUUCGCCUUCCACCAGUUGGUUUGUGGAAGGGAUGCUUAACAUUUGUUACAAUGCCAUCGAUCGUCAUAUUGAAAAUGGUAAAGGAGAUAAGAUUGCUAUCAUUUAUGACAGUCCUGUUACGAAUACUAAAGCCACUAUUACCUAUAAAGAAGUCCUGGAGCAGGUCUCUAAGCUGGCUGGUGUGUUCGUCAAGCAUGGUGUUGAGAAGGGUGACACAGUGGUUAUCUACAUGCCCAUGAUCCCGCAGGCGAUGUACACCAUGCUGGCGUGUGCGAGGAUAGGAGCCAUCCAUAGUCUCAUAUUUGGGGGAUUUGCAUCCAAAGAACUAAGCACUCGCAUUGAUCAUGCAAAGCCCAAGGUGGUUGUUACAGCAUCGUGUGGUAUUGAACCUGGAAGGAAGGUGGAAUACGUACCACUUCUAGAAGAAGCACUGAAAAUAGGACGACACAAGCCACAUAAAAUUCUCAUUUAUAAUCGUCCAAAUAUGGAGCCGGUUCCUUUGGCUGCAGGUCGUGACCUUGAUUGGGAUGAAGAGAUGGCAAAAGCACAGUCACAUGAUUGUGUUCCUGUUCUUUCUGAACAUCCACUGUAUAUUCUUUACACAUCUGGAACAACAGGGUUGCCAAAGGGUGUGAUAAGACCCACCGGAGGAUACGCUGUAAUGCUUAACUGGUCAAUGUCUUCAAUAUAUGGCCUUAAACCUGGAGAGGUGUGGUGGGCAGCUUCUGACUUAGGCUGGGUUGUCGGACAUUCGUAUAUCUGUUAUGGACCUCUUCUACAUGGAAACACAACGGUUUUAUAUGAGGGGAAGCCUGUGGGAACACCAGAUGCUGGCGCUUAUUUCCGUGUGCUCGCGGAGCAUGGAGUAGCUGCCUUGUUUACAGCACCUACUGCAAUUAGAGCAAUCCGUCAGCAGGACCCUGGGGCAGCCUUGGGGAAGCAGUACUCUCUGACAAGAUUCAAAACAUUAUUUGUGGCUGGAGAACGAUGUGACGUGGAGACGCUGGAAUGGUCCAAAAAGAUCUUCAGAGUACCUGUCCUAGACCAUUGGUGGCAAACUGAGACUGGAUCCCCAAUUACAGCGUCAUGCAUUGGAUUAGGUAAUUCUAAAACACCUCCUCCAGGGCAAGCAGGAAAAAGUGUUCCAGGAUACAAUGUUAUGAUUUUGGAUGACAACAUGCAAAAACUGAAGGCUCGGUGCUUAGGAAACAUUGUGGUAAAGUUGCCAUUACCACCUGGAGCUUUUACAGGACUCUGGAAGAAUCAGGAGGCAUUCAAGCAUUUAUACUUUGAAAAAUUUCCUGGUUACUAUGACACCAUGGAUGCUGGUUACAUGGAUGAAGAAGGUUACGUGUAUGUGAUGUCUCGAGUUGAUGACGUGAUAAAUGUUUCAGGUCACAGGAUUUCUGCAGGUGCCAUUGAAGAGAAGCUUUUGAGUCAGGACCAGCUAAAGGAAAGAAGGCAUGGACACCUUUACCUCAGCAAUGAAUCUGUCCUUUCCCAUGGCACUGUGGCUGACUGCGCUGUUGUUGGCAAGGAAGAUCCUUUGAAAGGUCAUGUCCCAUUAGCACUCUGCGUGUUGAAAAAAGAUAUAAAUACAACAGAGGAACAAGUUUUAGAAGAAAUUGUGAAACACGUUAGGCAGAGCAUUGGCCCCGUGGCUGCCUUUCGAAAAGCAGUGUUUGUCCAACAGUUACCCAAAACCAGAUCUGGCAAAAUUCCCCGCUCAGCUCUGUCUGCACUUGUCAACGGCAAGCCAUAUAAGGUAUCUCCUACAAUUGAAGACCCCAGCAUCUUUGGGCACAUAGAAGAAAUGUUGAAGCAAGCAUCAUGACUUUUUUUUUUUUCUUUUUUGAGUCACUUUUCUAAUUGGAGUAAAUUUUUGGAAUUAUUUCCCAGAAAUAAAUAUUUAAAUAGAAAUUACAUGCAAACUGAAAUGUAAAUUGUAGAGCUUGGUCUAAAAUCAGUGUACUUGAAGGCUAGUAAAAGGCCUUCUGUUUGAUUAGCCCAGUUAGCACUGUUACAGGUUGCCCAUAACAUGGCUUAUUAUAUAGCUCUUCCAGAACUUCAAUUUAAAAAAUAUAUAUCUAAUGUAUGAUUUUUAAAAAUUGUGCCCUCCCCCCCAAAAAAAAUCUUAAUUGAAAUUGGCACUAAUAUUGAGCCACUUCCUAAAAUUAGAACUCUGCAGCAUUGACAAGACUUAAAACUCAAGUUGAAGUCAGAGAACAAUUAAAAUUUUUUUAGAAAUUGUGAAUAUUUUCUAAUAUUCUUGAGAUGCUCACAUGCAUGGUUAUGUUAAAUGAAAUGGGAAAUUUUAGGUCAUCAUCUAGACAUGUUUUUCUAGGUAGGAGAAUCUGUCUAGUCACACAUUUCCUGAGGGAAGGCUGGGUACCAACCAAGGUACAGCUCUUUCAGUCCUUUGUUACUUAGUCGAGGGAAACCACAGGCCUGGCAGAGAAGAGAGCAUAGAGGUCAGUUAAUCCAAUCUCUUUGUCAUGGAGAUAAGGGCUCUUUGGAGCCCCUCCUCCUGUCUCAGGUUCUUAGUUGACUGUAUACUUCUUAAUGAUUCCAGCUUCUUUUGGAAACAAGAUAAUGUAUAGGAAUGGGUAAACUGGCAUGGAAAGCUCUUAAGGAAGAGAUGUAAAAGUUUUUACAUUAUGCUGAAAACUGGGAGGAGUUUUAAGAGAAACCAGAAAUCCAGAUUUUAUGUGAAAUCUCUCAUUUUUAAAUAACUCACUAAAGAAAAAUUUGUCACAUCCAAAGCACAUCUUUCUAUUUAAACUUCUGUAAAACUAUUGAGCAUUAAAAAAAUAACUGAAAAUGAAUCUUUGUUAAUAGGCUUAUGACAACAUGCCAAUUAACCAGAGUAGGUAUAAUUACAUAUUUGGUUUACUUAGGGUUCUACAUGAUAUCAGUUAUCAAAGAAUACAUUUAAACUAAAAAAAAUCAUACCCAUUGGGUUUUUGACAGUUCUCGAAGUAUUCCUCAAUCUUUCAGUCCAUCAGGAACGUUAUUUUUAAAAGCAACUGUCCUAACAUAAUAGUCUUCAUAAAAAUUGCUUACAACUUGUAUAAAGACAUUCUGAACAUGUUAAGAUUUUUUUUGGACUGUAGACUAUAAAAUAAAUGGCUUCUCAGAAUAAAUUGUUAUUUGCCAAGAUUGGCUUGUUGAUUGUUACACCUGAAAAAAUAUAUUCAUCUAAUUGUUCCCUUUAAUUAUUUUAGUAGACUGAGUUAAACUAAUUAGAUAUUCAACUUAUAAUUUGAAGCUGUUGGGUUCCUUAAACUGUCUCUUCUCUUUAGUACAUUUUAUCCAUUAUCACAACUGUAAUCUUAACAAAUAAUAUACUUUUUAAGGUCUUAGCAUUAAGAUGUAUUACCUUAUUUUUUUUCAUUUAAAAUUCAGUUAAUGUGAAAUGGCACAUUCUUUAGCUGAAUGUGUAUCAUAGUUCAUUUGCAAGGUAUAAACCCAGACAUCUCUAAGAAUUGUGUAAAGAUUACAUCUUUGAUCCUCUUACACCUUUUUCCUGGUAAUCAAAUCUGAGAGAUUCUUCAGCGGGCAGGCUUGAAUUAUUUUCCUGUUGCGUGGGAUUGGAAAACAGUGCACAAGACCGGGAAGUGGUGUUUUCUUGUAUCUGAUUAAGGAAAGUGAUCUCCUUUGCAGUGUCAGAGAAAGCACUGUUACUCUCAUAAGACUGAAUGUGGGACAAGAAAGAUAGUCAUCAGAUUGCUUAAAUUUUUGAGGGGGAAAAAAGGAAUUUUCUAUUUUAAUACUUACCAUCAGUUACUUUCACUCAAUAGUACACUUUGAAUGAAAUAUGUCUUUAAAAAUAACAAUAUAAUGUUACUAAAAAAUGGAAUUUGCUGAAAUAAA